CUAGUUUCAUUGAAUUAAACAGCAAACCUAGCUAGGAUCAACCAUCACUAUCAUAUAUAUCAUGCCAUCCUUAUUCACACCCAUGACAAGAACAACACACGCAGAAGCAGCUCCAAGGCACCACAGAGGUCCCAAUCCGAUGGUAUUCCCAAAGGAAGGUACCAUUCCCAUCACACAAAGCGAACUAAGAGCACAAGGGGUGACCUUUUGCAUUCAGCAAAUACAAACACAGUAUCUAUGUCUAGAAAAGGCAAGGGAAGCCUACUUGGCGGAAGGAUUGGAUCCACGCAAAGGACCCGAAUGGUACUAUUUUCAUCUCCGAAUGUGCUUUGACACACAAAUGGCCGCCAAUCAGUGUGUCAUUGAGCACAGGGAGAAGGAACUACGACAACGACAAAAAAGAAUUCGAGAAAAGAGACUCUCCAGUGCUGCUAGUUUUAGUGCCUAAAUGAAAAGAAUGCAUGACACACAAACAACAAUAUAC